CAAUCCCCUCUUCGUCUCUUGUCGUCUUCCUCUCGCAUCAGUCGAAGACCUGAACAACCAGCACUGGAGGAGGAAGAGACGAAGAAGAAUUCCCCCGUACAUAAGUAGCUACGCCCGAGCAGGCGGUGCCGAUGGCGGCCGAUCAGCUCGUCAACGCCGACGACCUCGAGGCUCCCCUCAUCUCGUCCGCAGUGUCUUAUCACGACGAGCACCGCUCCCGCAUUCGCCGCUCCACCUCCAACACCACCUCCCAAGUCGCCCUCAUCGGCUCCAACCUCUGCCCCAUCGAAAGCCUUGACUACGAGUUGAUCGAGAAUGACUUCCUCAAGCAGGACUGGCGUAGCCGGGGGCCGGGCCACAUCGUGCGGUACGUCAUCCUCAAGUGGACCCUCUGCUUCCUCGUCGGCGCCCUCGCUGGCGCCGUCGGAUUCUUCAACAACCUCGCUGUCGAGAACAUCGCCGGCGUCAAGUUCGUCAUCACCUCCAACAUGAUGCUCGUCAGGAAGUUCGGAUGGGCUUUCGGAGUGUUUGCGGGCACCAAUUUUGUGCUUCUCAUGUUUGCUUCGAUGAUCACGACUUUCAUUUCGCCGGCGGCGGCUGGAUCGGGGAUACCAGAAGUGAAGGCCUAUCUUAAUGGUGUUGACGCCCCUGAUAUUUUCUCGUUGAAGACCUUCUUCGUCAAGGUGGUAGGCUGCAUUGCUGCUGUCUCCUCAUCUCUCUAUGUGGGUAAAGCCGGUCCUAUGAUACAUACAAGUGCCUGCAUUGCUUCUAUUCUGGGGCAGGGUGGAUCUCGGAAGUACAAGUUAACUUGUAAAUGGCUGAGAUACUUUAAGAACGACAGAGAUCGACGGGAUCUUGUUACCUGUGGAUCUGGUGCCGGAGUUGCUGCUGCCUUUCGUGCGCCAGUUGGUGGUGUUCUGUUUGCCCUGGAAUGUGUAUCAUCAUGGUGGCGAAGUGCACUACUUUGGAGAGCAUUCUUCACAACAGCAGUUGUUGUGGUCAUUCUCAGGGCACUGAUUGAUAUUUGCAAUAGUGGCAAAUGUGGAUUAUUUGGGAAGGGUGGUCUUAUAAUGUUCGAUGUCACUUCUGCCGAUGUCACUUAUCACCUAAUCGAUUUGCCUCCAGUACUUGUUCUAGGAGUUAUAGGAGGAAUCUUGGGAAGCCUCUACAAUUUUCUGUUGGAAAAGGUUCUCAGAGUCUACACUCUUAUCAAUGAGAGAGGGCAUGUCUACAAGUUGCUUCUUGCUGCUUCAGUUUCCAUAUUCACAUCUUGUUGCCUAUUUGGUUUGCCUUGGCUUGCAUCUUGUAAACCUUGCCCGGCUGGGUUAUCAGAAGCUUGCCCCUCAAUAGGUAGAUCUGGAAAUUUCAAAAAGUUUCAGUGUGCUUCUGACCACUAUAAUGAUCUAGCUAGUCUGUUUUUUAACACAAAUGAUGACGCAAUCAGAAACCUCUACAGCGCUGGCACAGAUAAUGUGUUUCAAAAAUCUUCGGUAUUUUUAUUUUUCAUUGCCUCAUACUUUCUUGGUAUCAUCAGCUAUGGUCUAGCAGUUCCGUCUGGCCUUUUUGUGCCAGUUAUUUUGACCGGCGCAACUUAUGGACGCCUUGUUGGGAUGCUGAUGGGUUCACAUUCGACUCUGAAUCAUGGUCUCUUUGCAGUCCUUGGUUCUGCUUCCCUUCUAGGUGGAUCAAUGAGAAUGACUGUUUCUGUCUGUGUAAUUAUACUAGAGUUGACUAACAACCUCCUGCUGCUUCCUCUGGUCAUGCUGGUUUUGCUUAUUUCCAAGACGGUGGCUGAUGUUUUUAAUGCCGACGUCUAUGAUAUGCUUGUAAAACUGAAGGGGCUGCCUUAUCUUGAAGCCCAUGCUGAACCUUACAUGAGACAGCUCACUGUCGGUGAUGUGGUUGGAGGUCCCUUGCAGAUCUUCAAUGGUGUCGAGAAAGUUAGCAACAUAGUCCAUUUACUGAAGACAACUGGCCAUCAUGGAUUCCCUGUGGUAGAUGAACCUCCCUUUUCUAGUUCGCCAGUGCUUUUUGGUCUGAUUCUUCGUGCACACCUACUUGUUCUGUUGAAGAAGAAAACAUUUCUUCAUGCUCGCACACUUGUAAGUAUUGAUGUUUCAAAACAGUUCUCAGCCGAGGACUUUGCUAAACGUGGCUCCGGCAAGCAUGAAAACAUUGAAGGGAUUGACCUGACUGCUGAAGAGAUGGACAUGUAUGUUGACUUGCAUCCGUAUACCAACACUUCACCUUACACUGUUGUUGAGACGAUGUCACUUGCAAAGGCUCUCAUUCUUUUCCGAGAAGUUGGCUUGAGGCACCUCUUGGUUAUUCCAAAGUCUUCUUCGCGGGCACCUGUUGUGGGCAUAUUGACAAGGCACGAUUUUAUGCCUGAGCAUAUACUUGGGACGCAUCCAUUCCUAUUGCAGAGCAGAUGGAAGACAAUACGUUUAGGCAAAUCAAAUUUGAUUGAAAUUUUUAGUGGUCUUUGUUGAAAUGAGAAGUGAGUCUGUCAAAUCAAAACAAAGAUAUGAUUCAUUUCGAUCCAGAAUAUUUAUCCUUUUUGGUUUUUUAUAUCAGAUGCUGGGGAUUGAAUGAAACAAAAUCAUGUCUAAAUUUUGGAAUUACUUUGGGGGUCCAUAAGUAGAUAUAAGUUUGAAUCUUUCCAUAUAUCUGUAGAAUAGACCCAAGGAACAUUUUUUUCACUUAAAAAACAAUCUGUUUUCUCCUCU